AUGUUUUUGCAGUCAAUGCAAAACACCUUUUUCCCAACUUCUUCAACCAUUACAGAAAUAAAGCUAAUAAAAUUAUUCAAAUCUAAUGGCUUACCAUUCGGUAACAAACACCCCCUGAAUUCAGGUUACAUCCUACUUCAUAUUGAGACUACCGACGUCUACAAAGAUCUCGAGAAUUCUUAUAAAUACGAUCGAUUCGAAGGACUUGUAACGUUGACGUGUCUAGCAUAUACUGAGUUUAAUAUGCCUAAGAUUUACUCAAUAAACAAUAUCUGGGCAUACUUUGAACGAUUAAUAUCUUAUAACUGUUUCAGAAAUCUAAAUAUAAGUAAAGAUAGUUAA